AUGACUAAAAGUUAUAUACCUGAUGAUGCUGCCUUCUCAAUUUUAUCAAAACUCCCUCUUAAAUCUUUGCAUCGAUUUUCUUGUUUACAAAAAUCAUGGUCUCUAGAUUCAUCUUUCAUGAUCAAGCUCAAGAAUAACGUAAUAUAUAACAAUCCUGGUGAUUCAUUUCUACCGUUAUAUUUAUCUGAAAAUGAGUUGUAUUAUUUUCGUGAAGAAAGAUUCGAGAAGAAGACUAAAUUAGAUUUUCCAACUUCAUUUAACAUUCAAGAGUUUGAUAUAUUUGGCUUUUCUAGUGUUAAAGGCAUAUUUUGUAUGAUUGAAUCUUUAUAUACACAACCUCAAAGAGUUGUAUUGUGGAACCCAACCACCGAAGAAUUCAAGAUCAUUCCUCCCAGCUUGUGUGUGUCACGUCUCAUUGAAUCUUCUCCCCAUGAUGAUGAAUGGCCAGAGUUUUAUGUUCAUGGAUUUGGUUAUGACCAAGUUAACAAUGACUAUAAGGUGGUUCGUUGUGUACAAAUUCCUCUAACUCAUUAUCUACACAUCUUUUGGGAGAUAUAUAGCUUAAGAAAUAAUUGUUGGAGUGAACUUAAAUUUAAGAUGCCUGCUUCUUAUUCGGAUCGUCAGGAUCUCUAUGUGUACACCGACGGAACAUGUCAUUGGUUGUCUGUACGCUAUAAAGGUUAUAAAGAUAGACUAUGUUUAAUAUCAUUUUAUUUAAACAAUGAAGUCUUCAAAAAAACAUAUAUACCUUACAUGGAUGAAACUUUUGAUCGGGAAGGAGAAGGGAUACAACUGAUUGUGUUACAAAAGUUCAUUGGCUUAAUAUCAUAUCAUAAGUCUACGACUACACUUCACAUAUCAAUUUUAGGUGAAAUCGGCGUGAAGAAGUCAUGGACCAAACUUAUUGUUAUUGGGAUGACACCUAGUCUUAUGCAUCCUAUCAGGGCGGAAAAGAAUGAAGAAAUAACAAACAAUAACCUAACCUGGUUUGACCAUUUAAUUACUCAUAUAUUUGAGAAGCUUGAAGGUAAACAACAUACUUCUCUAGUAUAUUAUGAGAAAAAUUAUUCACCAACAGCAGGAAUGAACCUCAUUGUUCGUAGACCUCCAAUUAUCAAUGUAUACCUUAGGCGUAAGCGCAAGGUCGAUUUAAUUAGUCCUAAAUUAUAUACGAGUAAUUGUAAAAGAAUGAGAUUAAUUUAA